UUCUCUUGUACGUGUCGCUCUGUGGAUUUAGACUAAAACAUCGUACGUGUUGUGUCACACUGUGUCUUGUGUUGUGUUGGAUGUACUAUCACUGAUACCAGCUACGAUGCACAUCGUUAACGAAGAACCACCAAUGAAGUCAGCCUUCAAGAAAGGUGGAAACUACAGCCACUGCCCGCUGAAAAAGAGACCAGUUUUUCUCUUCAUCAAGGAAGAAGAAGGUAGAAAAGAUGAUCGCAUUGAGCCUGAGAACCUCAGUACUAAGCCUGAAGAUCUUACGUGGAAGCCGGCAACACCUCCUUUGGGCGUAGCCAUGAUUUCCACCAAACCCGAGACUCCAGAAAGACCAGAACAUGGACCACUGGAACCUCUCAACCUCAACACCCCUGAGAUCGCCUGGCCGAGACCUUGCUACCCUCCGACUUACAUUCCGUACCCUUAUCAAUACUACUACGGCGAGAAGUGCAGUUCUCCUCCUCAACAGUACCUGCCGGCGCUUCCGCAGCCGCGCCCACUAUACCUUCCGUUUCCUGAUUGUGGCCUUUCACCUACUUCAUCAACUAGCUCUAUCAAUUCCAUCAGUCAAACUACGGUGUAUCAAGCUCCUCCAACGCCCGAAGAUCUGUCUUCACCGGGAAGUGUUGGAAGCACUGGUUCUUGGUCAUCAAGAAAGCGUUCGAAAGAGACAUCGCCUAGGUACCAAUGCAAUUUCUGUAACAAGUCAUACUCAACCUACUCCGGCCUCUCUAAACACCAACAGUUUCACUGUUCUGCCAACGAGGAGUCUGCGGCGAAGAAAACCUUCAGUUGUAAACACUGUGACAAAAUCUACGUGAGUCUCGGUGCCUUAAAAAUGCACAUCAGAACUCACACCCUUCCCUGCAAGUGCAAGCUGUGCGGAAAGGCGUUCAGUAGGCCGUGGUUGCUGCAGGGGCACAUCAGGACCCAUACAGGCGAGAAACCCUUCACGUGCCAGCACUGCAACAGGGCUUUCGCUGACAGGUCCAACUUGAGGGCGCACCUUCAAACUCAUUCUGAAGUGAAGAAGUACUCCUGCCCCACCUGCAGUAAGACCUUCUCCAGGAUGUCCCUCCUCACCAAGCACACCGACGGUGGCUGUCCUGGUACACAUCACGAUGAGAUGUUUAAACACGAAUACAGCCACGAUAUCACAGCGUAAUUCUUGUAAAUUGUUUAUAUGUGUAUAUUAUUUAUUUUUCUCACUCCUAAGUCAAGUUGUACAUAUUUAUAUAAAUUUGUCCUUGUGAGACAUUAAGUUCAGUCAUAGUUAUUUUUACAUAUCUAUAUUUUUAGUUACAUAUUUUCUGAAUGGCUAUUCAAUUUUGUAGAAGUUAUUUUGAAUGAGUGCCUUUGAAAUUAGAAGACUGAUUAUUUAAAUUGUUACUUGCCAUAAAUUGAAGGUCUCAUAUUUGUUAUAUAAAUUUUAGUACAAAGACUAAGAAACUGCCAAGUUAUUUAAUUUUUUUUAAUCUAAAACUUAAACAUGUUAACUAUUGGCUCAUAUAAUGUGCCAUUUUAAUCUUUGUUAAUUUUUACCAACAUGAACCCAUCGAUUAUGUAUAUUUUGUACUUUUUAUAUUAGCCAUUCUAGAUGCUAGUCAUUUUUUAGAUAUAUAUUAUAAAUUUAUAGAAAUAUAUAUAUAUAUUUAUGAGGUCGAAAAGAAAGACCAUGUAUAUAGAAAUAAUUUAAAAAGAGAACAAUAUAAAAUAUUGUAAAUAACUUAUAAGUGCCUUAGAUCGUACUGAAUAUAUUCCGUUCCUUAAAACAGAUUUAUAUUAUUAUUAUUACCUAUUAUGAAAUUUUUUAAUUUUAUAAUACAUAUUAUUUUUUC